ACAACGUCCACAGGAGCGGUAUAGGUCAGUGAUUACCAAGUAGUUCAUGUAUCCACCGCAGAGAUGCGCUGUAAUGUUUACUAAGAGAGAUUACAGUAUGGCGGAAGACAGUGUUAGUAAUUUGGAGUUAGAAGCAUUAAAAAGAAAAGAGAGAUUAAAAGCUUUGAAAAGGAAGCAUGAUGAUGGAACAAAGGAAUCUCCGUCGAUCGAAGCGAAGACCGAUGGAGAAAGCAAACUUCCAAAGCCUAAAUUUAGGAGCUACAGGCCCCAGGAUGAUACCCUGAAGGAAAACGUUCUACCAGACGCCCGACCUGGAGAUGUUGAAAGUGAAGUGAAAAAUGAGCUUGAAUCAGCAAAUUCUAGAGUUGUCAUUGAAGAUUUGGACAUAACCAAUCUUGCACCUCGAAAACCAGAUUGGGACCUGAAACGAGAUGUUGCCAAAAAGCUGGAGAGGUUAGAACGUAGGACUCAAAAAGCCAUAGCCGAACUUAUUAGAGAUAGAUUGAAAAAAGGACAAGAAGAUUUAGUUACUAGUGUAAACAUAGGCGCAAGAACUAACCAAGAAGAAGUAGACGAUGAUGAUUAAGCAGUUCAAAUUCUACUAAUUGUGUUCUCAGAAAACUAUUUACAGAGAUGAGUGACUUUAAAAUCUGUAAUAAUUGAAAAUUUAAUUGUUUUGAAAAGAAAAACUUAACUUUUGUUUUUAUUAGAGGUAUCUUUUAUGUUGAAAUGUUCUAAAAUAUUCUUGUCAUGAUAAUUUGUAUUUAGGGAAUUAAACUGUUGUGUUAGAAAAGUUUUAAAUGAUUAGUCAGUGAUGAAUGGCUAUUUUUGUUCAUAAAUGUUUGAAGUAUUUCUUUAUUAAUUGUAAAAAUACAUUUACUUCACAAAAUAUAUUAAAUGGUGUCAAGUGAGAAUUGUAAGUUGUAAUUGCAUGAAAUAAAAUUUCUUGUUGUCAACAAGAAUGAAGGUUUUAUCCAAAACUAAAGUUUUAAAUAAUGUAGUAUUUGUUGAAGCGCUAGGAGUAUGUAGUGGCGAAGUGGUAGAAUUGCUUUGAACACUUAAUUUAAAAAGAAAAACGCAUCAUUUGUUGAAAAAAUAUUUUAUUACAUAUUAUCUUACACAAUAAAUAAAUGUGAGCAAAAAAUUAAAUUACUUGUGUUGAUCAACAGUAUAUGUAGAAAGCAAUUAAAUUAUUUAAUUUUACAAACAUAAUUGUUUUCAUUGCUCACUUAUUUGGCAUUCACACACAGGAAGACAGUAAAUGACAUUUUAUUUUUCAUUUGUUAAAAUUUUCAACAAUCACACUUUGGCAUCUGGUACUAAAUCCAUUGACAUCACAGCCUUGUGUUUUACUUAUAAACAUGUUUUGAUUAACGUGAUCUACAAUUAAUUAUGUUAAGGUUCUUUGCAGCCUCAGUGUAUUGCAUAAUACAGCAUAGCUUUUCUGCAAUAUUUUAUUGGAUCUAUUAAUAGUUAAGAGGUGUAAAUAUUACUCCUAGAACUUACUUGUGCCUCUCUAAAAGAUAUUUACUUCCUUCAAAAAUGUAUAUAUACUUUUGUACAAUAAAUUAGCACUAUUACAAUUAUUUGGUCUUGCUAUUUUAAUGACAUUUAUAGAACUCAAACAUUGGGAAUAACAGUAUUAUAUAAAUAAAAAAAGAUUUGUCAGGAAGAUGAUUGACAUAUAUUAGUAGUUGCAAAUAAAUAUUCUUAAAAAAUACUCUUUUAAUAUGGGUUUGUCUUGAUGGAGAUGGAAGGUCUUUGAAGUGUUCACAUUAUGGCUUGCUUUGUAGCACCGAAUUCUAUAAAGGUUACAUCAAGAGAACUUGUCGUUGAUUGUGAUUGAGUGUUAGAAUAAGGAUAAUUUCAUUGGUACAUUGAAAUGAUGGUGAGAGACAUUAGGAACAUCAGAUAAUUCACAGUGACAUAUGCAGAACCGUUGUCUUUUUCUACUAUUUCUCCCAUAUUGAAAAGAACCAGCCGACCACUAAGUUCUUGUACAGGUCUGUGGUUAUGAGUCAUUAAUCCUUCAGGUGAAUGAAGAUU